GGCAGUAGACAUCACCAGAGGUCAGCACAGCCCGAGGAGAAGCUCCACCACAAGUCAGCCAGCUUCACCAGCGUCCGGCCAAUGGAAAUACCACAUCUCAGAACUCAAGAGGCUUCUCACAAACUCUGCCUUCAACUUUUCCAAUGAGCCAGAAGGCAGCUGCAGCUCCUGUCUUCUUCAGGCGGAUGGGUGAGCUCUUCCUGACGGGCUAUGUAAGGAGGAGAUAUGAUGAAGAAGACCACUAACUGCAACCACCACGGCCACCAUGUCCCCAAGACCGGCGUGCAUGGGGCCCAGGGUAUCAGGGGCUGGCUGCCCGUGCUGUCUCCGCGCUGCACGCUGCGCGACUACGGCUUCUGCAUGGCCAGUCUGCUGCUCUUCUGCCUGGGCUCCCUGCUCUACCAGCUGAACGGAGGACCCCCCCAGAUUCUGCUGGACCUGCGCCUCUACCUGGGUAACUCUACUUUCUUGGAUGACCAUGGUCCCCCAACUCCAAAGGUACUGCCUUUUCCUAGUCAAGUUGUUUAUAACAGAGUUGGAAAAUGUGGGAGCAGGACUGUUGUUUUACUACUUCGCAUCCUAUCUGAGAAACAUGGGUUCAAUUUGGUAACUUCUGACAUUCAUAAUAAAACCCGACUGACCAAAAGCGAACAGAUGGAAUUGAUAAAAAAUAUCAGCACAGCUGAGCAACCGUAUUUAUUUACCCGACAUGUUCACUUCCUUAACUUCUCCAGAUUUGGCACAGAACAGCCAGUGUAUAUCAACAUAAUUAGAGACCCGAUCAAUAGAUUUCUCUCUAAUUACUUUUUUCGCCGAUUUGGAGACUGGAGAGGAGAGCAGAAUCACAUGAUCCGUACCCCGGGAAUGAAAGAAGAGGAAAGGUACUUGGAUAUCAAUGAAUGUAUUCUGGAAAAUUAUGCAGAGUGUUCUAAUCCAAGAUUAUUUUACAUUAUACCAUAUUUUUGUGGACAGCAUCCCAAAUGCAGGGAUCCUGGUGAAUGGGCCUUGGAACGUGCAAAGCAGAAUGUCAAGGAAAACUUUCUUCUUGUUGGUAUUCUGGAAGAGCUUGAAGAUGUGCUGCUUUUGUUAGAAAGAUUUUUACCACACUACUUCAAGGAUGUCAUGAGCAUUUAUAAAAAUCCAGAACACAGAAAACUUGGAAAUUUGACAGUGACGGUGAAGAAAACAUUACCAACUCCCAAUGCCCUACAAGUUUUGUACCAACGAAUGGAAUAUGAAUAUGAGUUUUAUCACUAUGUUAAAGAACAAUUCCAUUUGCUGAAGAGAAAAUUUGGGCUUAAAUCACAUGUUAAAACCAUACCCAGUCAAAAAAUCUCUGUACCGGUACCCAUCCCUGUGGAAACGGAAGAACCCAUAGAAGAUGAGGAGGAGCAAAACGAGAAGUGGUUAGAGGACAUUUACAAAAGAUAAAAAGUUGUAGCCUCACAACUAUGAGAGAACAUCCAUUUCUUAAGCUUUUUUUAUUGUUAAAAAAAAAUUCUUAAGGAACAUGGUUAAUGCUUAACUGCAUUAACACUUUCCCACAUGUUGGGUAUUAGGGAAAUACUUGUGCCCGAUUUUGCGGGUUGUGUUUACUUUCAUUUUUUUGUUCAGAGUAAUUAAUAGGAGUGUUAAGAAAUAAGAGAUACAGCACAAGGACUUGAGCUUUUUGCCAGUAUUUGCAGGAAAGUUGUACUAGUGUUAUCAUCUUUUGCAGAAAGAUGAAUGUGUAGAUGACAUUGUGACAUAUUUUUCCAAAUUAUUUUUUGCACUUACAGUAAGGCCAGAAGAACAUCGGUACGGAAGAUGAAAUUGUACACAUCGGCAUGUACUUGUCAUGUUAAAACUGAGUAGGGCUUCCAGAAAUAUCUAGAGCUUUCUUUAUCGUCUAAAAAGUAUAGUUGUGUUUUACCACUGAGAACAGGGUUUUCUUAAGCUGAUGCAGAUAGCACAAAGUGAUCCCUCAAUAUACAAUAGCCUCAGGAUACAAUGUUUUCAAAAUAAAAUGGUCUUUAUUUAGCCUCAGAUUGAGAACCAACCAAUUAACAUGGCCAUUUCUCCAGUAAAACACCUUUAUUGAUUUAGUAGCUUCUUGUCCUGUACUGCCCUGUGUCUGUUCCAAGAUAAGCUUUUUUUUUUGAGUAUCAGGUGAGGGUGGCUCUAUUUUAAGCUUUUAAUACACUGUAAUGUACAGCAGUGUUCCUUAACUCCAGUCCUCCGAGCCCACCUACCAGUCAGGAUUUGAGAAUAUCCCAUAGAAUGAAUACUUGUGGUAAGUCCUGAUGCAUUGAUACUAAUUAUAUCACCUGCUCAAUACUAAGGAAAUCCUGAAAACAUGACCAAUAGGUGGCCUCUGAGGUCUGCAGUUGAGGAACACUGCUGUACAGGACCCAGGAAAAGCUCUUGUCAUAGUGAUUUACAGCUCUCGGCUUCUAUCCUGACUGUUAUAUGUAACGACUUGCUUAAUCUGGCUUGUUUAUCUGCAUAUUUUCCUAAAUCAACAUUUUCUUAUCUUGGGAUAACAUUUUGGGGAUUUUGAACCAAUUAUAAUUUUUUUUAUACAGCUAGAGACUCUAGUUACAAUGGUUUCAACAUACAAUGGUCGUCCUGGAACCAAUUAAUAUUUUAACUGGAGGGACCGCUGUAUUUUAAAAGCUUGAUGCAAAGUGCACUGACUUUUAAUUUUCACACUCGCGUUUGGUGCGGAUCCGUCAUCGAUCUGCACAGAUUGAUCCGUUCAGAACGGAUCCAUUUGUAUUAUCUUUA